AUGAGUGCGGCCAUAGACUCAAAUAAAGUAUCCAAUGACGUCAUAAAAAAGAUUCCCAAAACAAACAAGCGGGUUCGAAUCCUGACGGGGUCCCAUUUGGAACAGCUUCAGAGUCAAUGUUGCGACGACUGUGUGCUGUUCUACGCAAAGAGUGAGGACAAAAGUUACGUGAAACAGCGGAAAGGUGUUCAGCCAUGUUUUGGAGAUGUAUGCCGAUCUCCCGAUUCGUGCUUCGAACUCGAGUUCGACUUCAGUUACGCCGACGAGGAUUGUAUCCAAGAAUGGGAAAACGAACCAGAACCAAUUGACGGAAUUCAAACCGAAUCCUUACAAUUGAAGCCAACAAUCAUCGAGGAUGGCGCUGAUAUGAUGAUUCAGGUCGGGUCACAUCCCAAAUCAAAGUUUGACAAAUCUUCAAGUUCUGAAAAGCAACCUCAAAAUAGGUCGACACCAAAAAGCAGCAUCCCACCAAUAAUGAAUGAGAUAAGUUCUCAAAAUGUUACACGGUCAAAUACCAAAUUAAAAAACAGAAAUUCCCCAACAGCUGAAGUGUUGAAAUCCCAAAACUUUGAUUCAAAAACCACCAACACGCCAUCAGUUGUGAUGAAAUCUCUGAAUCAUACGGGAUCAAACUUCGAUUCAAAAACCACCAACUCGCCAUCAGUUGAAAUGGAAACUCUGAAUCAUACGGGAUCAAACUUCGAUUCAAAAACCACCAACUCGCCAUCAGUUGAAAAGGAAACUCUGAAUCAUACGGGGUCUAGCUUCAAACCAAAAAUCACAAACUCGCAUUCAGUCGAAGUAUCCAACAAGAAAAACCAAAGAACAAAAAACGAAAAUUCCUCAUCACUUGAAAUUCAAAGCAUCGAAAGCAAUUCGCCACGUCAAGUAAGCCGAAAUUCUACGAUAGAUAGAGGUUACAGCAAGAAUGUUCUGGAAGAAAUCAGCAGGUGUGGGAAGACAAUUGAUGACACAAUAUUGACACCUGACAGUACAAUACCAGAAGAAGAAAUAUUCGGACCGUCGAAAAAUAGGCAGAUCGAAAAAGAGAAACCAGCAAAAACUUUCAAACCAAUAGAAAAAAAUCAGUCUCCGAAAACAUAUAAUAAGGACGUUUACAACUCGUAUACUAAGCACGAAAAACAUUCGCCACAAAAGCCAACUGCCAAACUUAUUGACAAUUUCUAUUCGACCAAGCAAGAAACAGGUUUUAGCAAUAAUGUAUCACCUCCCAUUCAGAAAAUAGAAAAGCGACAAGAGUUGAGAUUGAACAACCACCUGUAUGAUAAAGAGAUACCUGUUUUGGUGUCCAGCAUGAAGCAGGGAUACAAGGAAAUUGCUAUUCGGAAAAAAGUGCUGAACAACUUCUCGAACGCGAACGUCAAUAAUGAACUCAACUUGAAUCAUGGUUCAAAAAACGGAAAAACGACGGACAAUUUCUCUAACAAAGAAUUUCAAGAUAAUUCUUCAAAUGCCAAUGGGCUCCAACUUUCAUCACAUUCUGAAUCGCAGGACAGUUAUCAAAAAUCACCAAGGUCUAAAAUAGACAAUUCGGCUAAUAAUUCACAUGCCAAUGACAAUGAUUGGUCUUUUGAGGAAGAAGACGGUUCAAGCGACAUACCGUGGAUUAGAUCAACAAAGAUCAAAUACCCUCUGCUGUGUGACCCACACAGACUUAUAAUUUUAGACUAA